UUGAGCGGGGACGCUGCUUGCGAUCAUAUUCAUAAACUAGGACGCCGUGUCCGAGUACCGCAGCCUGAUUUACUCCAGCUUUCGGGCCGUUUAUAGAUAUAGGUAUUAAUUUACGAACAACUGAGGAACUGCACUUCUACCUACGCUUCUCCUUGACGAAAGAGGAGGUGGUUGUGGUGUGAGGGGAGUGUGUGUGCACGCGUGUGAGUAAUGGCAGAGCAGCAGAGACAGCGUUCACUCUCCACGGCAGGAGAAUCACUGUAUGUGGUCCUGGGAGUUGAUAAAAACACAGCACCAGAAGACAUCAAGAAAUCCUACAGAAAACUAGCUCUGAAGUUCCACCCAGACAAGAAUCCUGACAAUCCAGAAGCAGUUGAGAAAUUCAAAGAAAUCAACAAUGCUCACACCAUUCUGUCCGACCCCACCAAACGCAACAUCUACGACAAAUACGGAUCUCUGGGCCUCUACGUGGCAGAACAGUUUGGAGAGGAGAACGUUAACACGUACUUUGUAUUGUCCAGCUGGUGGGCCAAGGCGUUGUUUAUAUUCUGCGGUGUGGCCACAGGCUGUUACUUCUGCUGCUGUCUGUGCUGCUGCUGUAACUGCUGCUGUGGGAAGUGUAAACCUCAUCCUCCUCCGUCAGAUGAGCCGGAUUUCUAUGUGUCUCCUGAAGACUUGGAAGCUCAGAUGCAGUCUGAUGAGAGAGGCUAUGCAGAUGGCAGCAGUCCCAUCGUGAUGCAGCCGUCCUCUGCCACAGAGACCACUCAGCUGAAAGCAGACUCUCACCACACCAGCUACCGGACAGACACCAGCUAUUAAACCUCUCUCACAGACACACGGGACCACCAUGCCAGAAAAGGUCACGGUGGGCAACGGGUGAUAAAGAGGAAAGUUAGUAACAGUAUCAUGGGAAAACCUGAAACGCUCCACUGUACAGGGCAAGAAGCCAGUUUAUUUUGAUUUGCCUUUAACCUCUAUCAUGCCCAAACCUACUGCUGUGUUAUAUUUAAUACACACACACACACAAGAACUUUCUUCCAGUGUACAUUCAGUCUUCCUGCUAUGACUUAAGCUUCAUCUUGCCAACAGCUCUUGUUAUGCACUGGUUAUCACACUGCAUUUGUCUACAUAAUAGGUUCAAAUAAUUUUGAUCAAUCUGACUUGAAGCACGAAUUAGUUUAAUUAGCAUGAAUGAAGCGUGAGUAACAUUGACUUGAAAAAUGUGAUAAUUGUAGAGGUUGUCACACAUACCCUGUCAUUCAAAAGUUUGGACUCUGAAAGUGACCGUAAAGAUGCCAUUCUUUUGAGCUUUGUUCAUCAAAAAAAAGAAAGAAGAAGAAAUAUUAAGCAGCACAACUGUUUUCAACCCUGAUAAUAAUAAAUCAGAAUAUUAGAAUGAUUUCUGAAGGAUCAUGUGACCCUAAAGAUUGGAGUAAUGAUGCUGACAAUUCAUCUUUGCAUCACAGGAAUAAAUUACUUUUUAAAAUGCAGUAAAAUAGAAAACUGUUAGUUUAAUUGUAACAGUUUUUACUGAUUUUUUGGUUUAAAACCAGCCUUGGUGAGUGUAAGACAAAAAAAAAAAAAGUGAAUGACCCUUUCAUGCAUUUGAUUGGCUCUCACUAGCACAAACCUCACAAUCACAUCAUUGACAUUGUCCCGGCUUGUUUUCAUGUUUCCACUUUCUUUUUUUUUUCUUUUUUUUUACAAACAGACCUGUGCCAUUUUCAUUAUCCAGAAAUAACACUAUAUAAGUUCUGAUCCUUCAGGCUCAGCUGUUUUGUAACAUUUACUGGAAAUAGUUUUCAGUAGUUUGAGACCUGUAUAUUUUUGUAAACAGUAAGGCAGUGUGGUGUAGUGCAGUCACUGAGGACACGAUUGAGGACUCCUCGCUGUGUCAUGUGUGUAUGUUUAUGUGAGCCGUCUCUCGUGUUAAUGGCAUCCGGUGGGAAUGUACUGUCAAAUAUAAUACUGCUGUGCACAAACACAUACCUUUGUGCCAGGUCAUUUAAUCUUGAACAGGUGUUUUGUGUUUCCAUCUGUAUUCUCAAGGAUUUGCUAAGUUAAAGAGUGUUAGCAUUCCUCAGGAUUGUGGUUUCAGAGAGCAUAAGCCCAUCCUCUGACAGCUGGGUUCAAUAUAAGCACAGAAGGAUUGUGAGUAAAGGGGUUCAUCUGCACAAAACAUACAAUAUGUUUCCUCUAUAGUUCAGUAACAUCAGUGGUUUUCAUCUAUUGAUUCCAUAGUUUCACACUGACCCAAAAUUGUUAGUGUGUUACAUUUUUUAAAUGUAUUUUAACAAAUGUGGUUCUAGACUUCCAUCACUCAGUUUGAUGUUCUGUUUUGUUUUGGCUGUAAUUAUACCCAUAAUUUGAUGUUGUUCCCUAGUGCCAUGAUGAUUUGAUUCAGUCAGCAUAUUACGCAUUAACAGUAUUGUUUCUAUCAUUCCAGAAAAUAUAAAUAACUCUUUGAUCUGUGUGCUUCAGACUAAAAUUUUUCAUGCUCAAUUUGAUCAUAUAUGCACAAUUCAGUCGUCCCAGUCCUGGGAAUAUCACGGAACGCUAAAAUUGUGGCUUUCCAGCCAGGAGCAUUCAAGGACAUUAAUGAAAAGUAAUGAAAAUGUCCAUGCUCUAUAUAUUUUUUAGCUUUGAUCAGCCCUAAAAUAUUUCAGUGGCUGGAAAUAGCUCUUCAUGAACUAAAAUCCUAAACAAAAUGGUAAUAGAAAAGUCAUUGGACAAACAACUUGGAAACCCUGACACUUGCAGCCUUUUAGAUCUUCUAAUUUUUUUUAUCUGUCAGAAUACAUGCUUUUUUUAUGUUAUUAUAUUUAUUUUAUUUGUAUUAUUUGAUAGGAGUGAACCUAAACAUACAGACGUCUAGGUAACCUUAAUUUCAGUGUGUGUGCUGUUUGAAACUGAGAUAUUAAUUGAAUCACUGUUUAAUCAUCUCCGUAUGUUCUGUUGAAAUAUCUGUAAGAUGGAUUAGCUGUAGCCGUCCCUGUUUGUGCAUACAUUCAUUUACAUGCACUUAAAACAGGAUAUAUGUGUAAUUUACCCCAAAAAUAUGUGUGUUUUAUUUGUUUAGGAUCACAUCAUGAAUAUUUCAUAGGUUUGUAGAUUUACCAUGUAGUUUUUCGGUAUUUUAUGUCUAAACGAUUAGGCAGAUUAUUAGUGACCAUGUUUCUAAGCAUUUCUAAGACCGAACUGUUCACAAUGUGUAACGCUUUUAUUUGCAAAAUAUUAUUUCUCAACACAAGCUCAGCUGUAACAUAGCUACUGAUCUGUUUUUGCUUAAUCCCAGUUUUCCUUUCAAUUUAUGUUGUAUUCAUUCAUUCAUGAUCAUAAACAGAACAAAAAAACACUAAUCUGAUUUCCUAUUGAUUCCCAUCUAAGAAUAAGAUAAUGAAUAAAGCAUUGAGUGUGAAUGCAACACCUAAACCGAAUCAUGUUAAAAAUGAAGGAAAUCGUAUAAUCAUGGUGAUGAGAAACAAUAUUUAAUUUUUUAUUUCCAUACGUUUUUAAUGAAUUACAUAGUUCAGUAUGUGUAUAUGACUUGUACAGAAUGGCUGAAUUCUUUUGCGUGUUCUGGAUAAAUCCGCUGAAAU